GUGGGGUGCGACUGUAAAAACCGGCUGGGUACGAGACAAUAUGAAGUCAUCGGCACAGAGUGGCUGCGCGCGCUUGUGGGGUCCCGUCAACGGCACGCCGCGGGCGCACGAUAGCCCUCUGAGUCUGAUUCUGAGUCUGUCCCGCCCUCCGUCCUGCUCUUCAUCACACUCGCCACGCCCUCCCGCUCACCGAAACAUGGCCAUCGCAGUCGCCCCGCUUCCCCUCCCGCCCUCCGCAGACCCAUCCAAAUUCGCCGACUUCGGCAGGGAGGUCAAGGGCGUGAACCCCGGCACGCUCACCCCGGAGCAGUUCAAGGAGAUCGAACAGCUUCUGUACAAGCAUGGCGCUCUGCUCUUCCGGGAUGUGCAUGUUACGCCCGAACAGCAGUAUGCUCUGACGAAGGCCUUCGACCCCGCUUCGGAAAGCUAUGGCCACGGAAACAACAAGACGCAGAGCACCAAGAAGUCGAUCCUCCACCCCGACCUCAAGACCAUCCCCCGCGUCCCGCAGGUACAGCUCAUCGGGAACGGCACGGUCUACAACCACGAGGGGCUCGCGGAGGCGAUGCUCAAGCACCCCUCGCACACGACCUUCCAUAAGACCCGCGUCUCCGAAGAGGACACCGAGAAGGGUUACACGCGCUACUACCGCUGGCACAUCGACGCGGCGCUCUACGACCUCUCCCCGCCGAAGGUGACCACGCUCUACGGCAUCAAGGUCCCGCAAGGCAAGCGCCAGAUCGUGCUGUACGAUGACGGUACGGGCGACGAGCUCGACGUGCCCCUGGGCACGACCGCUUUCGUAUGGGGCAAGACGAUUUUUGACUUACUCCCGUCGGAGCUGAAGAGCCUCGCGGUACGGAGCAAGGUCAAGUACGCGCCGCACCCGUACGUGUGGAUGGCCCCCGCCCACGCAAACUCGACCGGCCUGGGCAUCGAGACGGAAGGCCUUGAGCUGCCACUCGAGGAGCUCCCGCCCUGGGAGGAGUCGAGGCGGAAGACACUCCCAGUCCUCUGGAAGAACCCCGCCACCGGCGACCUCCACUUCCAAGUCCACCCGUGCGGCGCGGCUGAGCUUCUCGUCGACCCGCUCCCAGAGGGUGCCAAAAGGGAAGGUGCGCUCUACCCCGACGGCACACAUAUUACCGACCUCGGCACUGUCCGUGCGCUGCUCUACAAGAUGCAGCGGCCCGCCAUCGCUCCUCCGCUCGUCUACCCACAUGAUUGGAAGGAGAAUGACCUCGUCCUGUUCCACAACCGCGGUGUGCUCCACACCGUCGUCGGCGCGUUCAAGCCGGACCAGGUGCGCGCGUUCCACCAGUGCAACCUCGCUGCGUCAGACGACCCGGUGGGUCCCACGCCCGAGGACGUCAAGGCGUGGGCUUGAGCGCUACGAACGAGUCAAUGGGAUUGUGGGCCAUGAGGACGCUUUGGGGUGAGUCUUAGAUCUGUAUGCCAGUGGGGUCUCUUGGGUUAGUGGAGUUUUGGUGUACGCGCUGUGUCUGCUAUCUGGUGAUGCUGUGAUGUGUUGUUGUACGAUCUAGCUCUUCUUGAAUAACAGAAUGCCAGACAUGUCUACAGAA